UGUAAUAUAUAGCCCAUUCAAAUCAUACCAUCCAGGAAUCAAACUCCCUUUCACCUUAUAAUUGAAUCAUUAUCAGUAUAAUGGAUUUUGUUCUCCGCCUUCUCUUCUCUCUCUUCCUUCUCAUCUCUCUCUUCUCAGGACGAGGAUCGGCUGGUGGCGUUUACAAUCACCACCACCACCAGCGCCACCGUCUCCGGCCAACAAAGCUGUUUGUUUUCGGAGAUUCUUAUGUUGAUACUGGCAACAUUCUUAUUCCCCUUUCCAGCGCUCAGUCAUUUCCUUAUGGAAUCACUUUUCCACGAAAACCCAGUGGCCGUUUCUCCGAUGGUCGUGUUCUCACUGAUUUUGCAGCGAGAUAUGUCGGGUUGAAAUCUCCGAUCCCAUUCAGUAUCCGAAACAGAGUCGGGUUGAGAAGAUUGAAAGAAACAGGAGUAAACUUUGCAUUCGGGGGAACCGGCGUCUUCGACACAUCGUUUCCUUUCCCAAACAUGACAACCCAAAUCGACUUCUUUCAACAGCUCCAACAUGGCCAUUCUCUGUCCACCAAAACAGACAACCAAUUCUCCGCCGCACUCGUCUCUGUUUCCGGCAAUGACUAUUCCUUGGACAUAAUCACUAACGGCCCUAAACAGGGAUUGAAACCGUUCAUAAACACGGUAGUGAACCAGAUCAUCGUGGAUUUGAAACGCAUUGGGGAGUUGGGAGUGAAGAAGAUAGCGGUGACAGGGCUAGGCCCAUUGGGAUGUCUUCCGGCAUUUACAGCUCCCUCGUCGUUCAAGAAAUGCAAUGAAAGCAUAAACUCGUUCGUGAAGUUUCACAACUUUUUGCUGAAGAAAGCCGUGAAGAAGCUGAACCAAGAAACGAAGCAUUCUUCGAAGGUGUUUGUUCUUGAUGUUUAUGGGGCGUUCAUGUCCAUAAUUGAAGGGGGGAAGAGAUACAACAAUGGAGAGUUCAAGACGCCAUUGAAGCCGUGUUGUUUUGGAGUGAAGAGUGGAUUUAAUUGUGGGAGUGUGGAUGGAGAAGGGAAGAAGAUGUUUGUGUUAUGUAAAGAUCCCAAGAAAGCUUUCUAUUGGGAUGCAGUUCAUCCUACACAACAAGGAUGGGCUGCUGCGUUUUCCGCUUUAAAAGCCUUUCGAAACCAUUUUUAAGUUGAAUUAGUGGAGAAUGAUGUUAUGGCAUUGUGCCACACCAACCAUACCAUACCAACAUGUACUAGU